CAUCCGCAGAUCCUUUUAGAUCUUUUGGCCUUCUAACACCUGUAGUAGAACCUCGUGUUUUCAAAUUUGGAACGGAUCUAAGGCUUCUCUCGUGGAUGAAUCGAUCGGGAUGGUUUUAUUUCCAUAGUACAACUGCAGUGUCAGUGUGUGAUCAGGUCUGUCAAAGUAAGUAAACUGAUACUACAACUUGAGUACUCGUCGGCUUGCUCGGUGGUAGUCCUGAUCGCAAGAAGGCGCUGGCGCCUCCAUAAUAAAGAAGAGCAAAAUAAUUAUAAUAAUAAAUAAAUGUCUUCCCCUCGCGGCCUCCGUUUGAAAAAAAUCAUGGUUGCUACCACCUUCCCUUUUGCCUACGUGUUUCUGUCGUUCUGUAUUUCGUUUUCCGCGGUUGCAGCAGCUGCCUUUCAGCCUGUUCCCGCUGUAAUACCAAGCGGGCAAAGAACUAGGUGCGCGACAACUUCUUCUGCUGCAAGUUGUGGCUCCUGCUUAUGCGGAUUGCAGACGGCUUUUGCGAAAAGGUGCAGCGUAAGAGAGGUACUUGUUUAAUAUCCCAUCUUUACUUUUCUGUAAUGAACCAAGGCACCGCCACCGUUCUAGUUGUAGUACUUGUUCAGCGUCCUAGCAUCUAUCAAACAGUCCUACUUUGGCAUCUCUGUAGCUGUUUAACAGAAAUACAUGACAAAAAAUCGCGUUCUUGCCACAUUAUUUUCUCAGGCCUCCAGCCCCGGCUCCGGAUCAGCCUACUGCUCACCUGCGCCGGCUGACCGCGUGCAAGAAGAACAUCAUCAGGAACAUGAUCCCGCGAUCCCCUUCCUUCUCCCAGCUGCUGGCGCGCAUACUUCCUCCGGCGAAGCGGACUCCGUACCAGCAGACGAAGUACAACUAGACCCUUUCAUAUCCUGUGCAAAAGUAUCGUACUAGUAUGAACUGCAUGACAAAUUUUCUCAAGAACAAAAAUGCGAUUUGUAAUGCUGUUUUCGCUUACAAAAUAGAUCUGUCAUGCAUGGCUGCAAUUAGUACGAGUGCGAUACUUUUGCACAGGAUAUUUCCAAACCCGACCCAAUUCCGACGAGAGUUCGCCGUGUGACUGUUGCGGUGGUGCCGAUAGUGCUGGGGAAAUCGAAGUCGUACCUGUAGAGACCAACUACGGGGUCAGGAAUGCCAACGAGCUGUACUACGCAGGUGAGGCAGAAUCUCAAUCCCAGUCAGCCGAGCAAGGUGACGCAUCCUCCAGCACCAACGAGCCACGCAUCGUCACGGAGGCUACCCACGAGGAACUGCAAAAAUCACUCUCUACCCUCGGGUACGCGCCCUGGGAACGGGCCACCAACUGCACAACGCCGCUUGGGGGGUUGAGUAGCGAGCUCAGGGGAUCGAAUAAUUUUGGGUCCGCAAGCGUGGAGGAACCUGAGGGCGCACAAGCAAACACGGGUACAUUUUCGUCUUUCCCUGCACCCAGCCUACAACAGCAGUUAUGCCUGCCCUUGUUGACCAACCAGGGUGCAGCGGCGAGAAUUGCGACCCCGAACAAUGGCGCUUCGAGUGCUGGUGUCGGCGUAGGUGGGCCACUACGCGGGGGUCAAGAGGUCGCUCAACAUCAUCUUCCGAGAAACAAAAAAACCUCGCAUAAGCGAACCGGUACGAAAGAUGCUCAGGCAUUUCUCAGCAACAAUGUCGCUGGACCACUGGUCCAGUUAGGAAACGAAUUACUAGCGAAACAAGUAGACACGCAUGCUGGUGCAGGACCUUCCUCUUCAUCUACAGCACCUGAUAUGAUGAGCCAGGAGGAGUUGUCUCCAGCAGCUGUCGUUUCAACAUCCUUGCAGCAAGUUGUAGAACAACUACCCAGCCCACCACCAGGAGGACUGCCAAGUGCGCCGCCGCCGGCGGGCAGAACAACAACAACAAAUCCUGCUCCACCUGGAAAUAAAAUCGGCGCAGAUGACAUGAUCAUGAAUCUGACUCCCCGUACGGAGCCCAUCUCAGAGCCCAGUAGCGACGUCCUUUUCGGGGAGGGAAACAACAACCCGUUUUUGUCGCCGGCGCCCAGCGAAGGGGGAGGAGAAUUAGGUCGAGAGAUGCAUAUGGAUGUGGAUCUCGAUGAUCUAGAGGAGUCACCCAGUGCUGAUGCUUCAGCCACGGAUAUGGACAGUACAGCAACACAGUAUGCGAAGUACACACAGAAGAUGCUAGUAGAUUGCACUCGAAGGUGGACCGUGAAGAUCUUCCAGCCGCAGCGCAAAUGAAAAAUGCAGUCCUGCAACGGAACUAGCAGCGAACUUCAUUCGCCUUGUUCAAUGAAUAAAAGUGGCCAGCGCCAGGUUAUUUCUCUCGCCGCGUGAAUUCUGUCGUGUAGCUGCGAGUGCUAUCGUGCUAUCGAAGCUUUUUCUUGUGCAUACUGGAGCAUCCCCCUCCCUUGCGGCUACGACGGUGGGCUCGGGGGAAACCAAUCAUGCGGUCGAACUUGCUCCAGCGGUGCGGAUCACGGUACUCCUGACAUGGGUUAGACUCAGAUGGAACAGCUUUGACAUAUAGUUUUGGAAAAUUGUACUUAGUUUUUUUUUGUGUCAGACAGUGCAGACGGUAUUAAGAUGAACCAAAAAAAACCUUUGCAGAUCAAUCGCCCCACCACGCCCCCGGUCGUCCUGUGGCAACCGCUAUGAGAAUUGUGCACAACUCCCGUCCCCCUGUUUUGUCAUGCAACAUACCAAAUGCUAAUGCACAUGCAGCACAUCCUGUCUCUGAUCAGGGAGCAUUCUCGACUGCAUGGUAAAUUUUGGAACCUCGCCCUCUGCUACAAUCCGCAUGCAGAUUUGUCAUGCGGGAGCCACUAUAUUGCUGCCGUUGCCCGUGUAGUUGCUUAUCAUGCCCUUCCAAAAUAAGGGGAGCAGGCAGAGUUGUGCUCACAAGAACUUUCAUAACCGCAGCCGCAGCUGGCCCGUGGCACCUCCAAGACUGGCCGCGCCGGCGGGCCACAGUGGACGCCGCCGAUCGAAGUGCCUUUUCUGCGGCUCCCCACGGCGUGCGACAACACGGGUUUAUCGAGCGCCGCCCCGUCCACGCCAGAAAUCAUGAGCAACGCCGGAACUGCUGGUGGAACGACAACUCCUUCGAACGAGCAGGUCGACGUGGAGCACCUGCAUCUCCAAGCAGCUGGACGAGAGUGUACAAACAGUAUUUCUCUGCCCCCGACCCCACCGCUCAACGCCCAGCAGGCACCACAAUUGGAGUUGGACGCGCCAGCGGGUACACCGGGCGAAGGUGCUCCUCCGGCUGUGUUGCAACAACGAGAUUUGUCGCGUGGCGCUACAAGUACAACAUCCCCUUCUGCCAGCGCCGACUUUUUGAACACGUCUGGAACAACAAUUUCAAUUGCCCCACCUGCGGCUACGGCUGCGCAGGCGCACCACCACCUGGCGCAGUCGCCCUCUUCCCCGGCCGUGGCUGUGAUGCGACAACAGCCCGUGUUGAGUAGACCUACUAGUGUCGUGUCUUCGACCCCACAAGCUGGGUCCUUCGUGCCGCGGGCCCCUUUGGUUCAUCAACAGCAAGGCGGUCAAACCAGGAUCUGGAUUGGGCAACAGCAACACCAGAACUAUCUCGCUUCUAAUUCUGGCACCUCUACAACUCCGAUGAAUGCGAGGCAGCAACAGUACGUGGGCGCUGCGACUUAUCUCUCGUCCCAGAACCACCAGCUGCCGCCGCGGUUUGCCCCGCCUUACGCACAACCCCAGCAGAUGACCUCCCGUUUCACGCAGCAGCGGCCAAUGGUCCGCGGAACUACAAAUACUAGAAUGGCCGUUGCCGGAACAACGUUCUUGCCACCUAGUACCACAACUCCCCACCACCUCGCUGUCGCCCCGCUCCCACCCACACGCACGACCCGCCCAAUUUUGCAGCCGACAGGUGUUUCUACUACUGCUUCGCCAGCUGCGUCGCUACAGCCAACAGCAAUCCAGCCACCUAUCCCCGGGGGUGUUGGUGGGGCUGGUGAUGAUCCCGUGCCGAGCCCGCCAAUUUUUACAGGGGAGAAUACAGGAGUAGAAAAUCAAGGCGAGUUCUCCUCAUCAGGACUAGAAGGAAGAAACAUGGCAGCGACGUCAGGCGAGGAUGCAAUGCAAGUAAGUCAAACUACUGUGCAAGAAGGAGCAACAGGUGUUGACAACUUCAUCUCGUCGAAUACAGCUGAAGGAGAGGGCGCAGACUCAAUUGCCACAGCAGUUGAGCGGCCCGUCCGCCGCGAAUGGCUGGCGCCCACAGGAACGAGCGGGGGUAGUACAUCAGACCACUUGGGUUCUUCUGCAGCUACCGCGGUGCAAACCGUCAUUGGUUCCGCGAUGCAGGAGGGUCGGGUCUCUCAUUUGUAAAAAGCCGGAGCUCGUUGUUCGUUACCUUUGACUUUGACGUUAUGAAGAUUUCGAAUUAUGAUCAUGCCCUGCAGCGCAUUCUCGCAUGUAUUUUUGUAUGGCGCUGAUGUUCCUGAACCUGAAGUAAAUCUUUUGAAGCAUGCUUGUCCUCCAAGUAUCUUCGUGAACUUUUUUUUUGCGAAAUGCAGCGAAUAUUCUUAUCUACCUCUCAGUACAACUGCUCUCUCAUUCGAUCUGGAAUUAGAAGAAAGGCAAUCCCUCCAAUUUACGCUACUGAAAAUAGAAAUAGGUCUGAGAAUUUAGCUUCCCUUUGCUUGAUGUUUUGAAUAUAGUAGCGUUAGUCUGACGAAGAUGACGUUAACGAUUUUUUGAAAAG